GAAUGAUAAGUAUAGAAUUAAGAAGAGAAACAAAAAAAAUUAUGAAUUAGGUUUUGGGAGAAACAUUUUUCAGUUGCCCAACCCUGUCUUUCACCAUCUCGACUCGUCUUCUCGCGCCGCCGCCGAACACCGUUUCCAUCGGCGUCGCCGUAGCCACCUAUUUCUCCACUUGCAAAAUGCAGUCAAAUCAAACAUCUUCUACAAUGGAAGUUGAAACCAUCCCAACUGAAUCCAAGCUUUUGCCACCAAAGCCAAAGUUUGAGCCUUUGAAACCACAUGAGAUGUCUGAUGGUCAGGUUCAGUUCCGCAAGGUGAAUGUUCCACCACAUCGUUAUACUCCUCUCAAGAAAGCUUGGAUGGAUAUCUAUACUCCCAUAUAUGAACAGAUGAAAAUUGAUGUCCGCAUGAAUCUGAAGGCUCGUAGGGUCGAGCUGAAGACAAGGUCUGAUACACCUGAUAUUAGUAACCUGCAAAAAUGUGCUGACUUUGUCCAUGCUUUAAUGCUGGGUUUUGAUGUCAUUGAUGCCAUUGCUCUUCUGCGUUUGGAUGAACUCUACAUUGAGUCCUUUGAGAUCAAGGAUGUUAAAACACUUCGAGGUGAUCACUUGUCUCGUGCUAUUGGAAGGUUAUCUGGUAAAGGUGGUAAAACAAAGUUUGCAAUUGAGAAUGCAUCGAAGACAAGAAUUGUGAUUGCCGACACCAAAAUUCACAUAUUGGGAUCUUUUGCCAACAUAAAGAUUGCCAGGGAUUCUCUUUGUAGCCUGAUCCUAGGAUCACCAGCAGGAAAGGUAUAUUCAAAACUAAGAGCAGUUACUGCCAGAUUGGCAGAAAGGUUUUGAUCUUAUCAUAAUCGUGACAUUUGUGGAACAUUUUUCUGUUCCCAUAAUUUUUGCUAUAAUUUCUGUGAUCUAGUAUGAUGAGGAUGAGUUAUAUUGAGGAAGAUGUUUCGGUUCAUUCAAUUCAGCUAUUUGUCAAGUUCAAAUCAAAAUUGUGACUUGUGAGUGUAACAACGUUGAUGUGAAAGUGAAGUUUUGCCCGUGAACAUGAAUAGAUUAGAGUUAUUUAUGAAUGUUUAUUGAUUGCUUGUUCCAGAAAA